AUGUCUGGUGAUGGCGAUGACGACGAAGGCGAGAAAAGCAAGAGCCAAGGCAACUAUCAGCCACGGACAACCAACGAGAAGCCGGAGGAGAUUGUCCCGGUUCCCGACGUGGAGGUUACGUCUGACAUGAAGAUCACUUUCCUUGGAGCGGUGGAAAGAAUCGUGGAGAAUUUAAUAUUGGUCAAGGGAGCGACUCCAGGCGAGUACCAAGUCAUCGAAAGCGGAUCUGUCCUUUGUAAAGAAGAUCGCAAAGUCAUUGGAGCAGUCGCGGAGACGUUCGGAAGAGUUCAGGAGCCAAUGUACAGCGUCAUGUUCACC